CUACACAAUCCAUUUACCAUUUGUUUUGCUCCAUGGUUCUGUUUUGUUGUUGGUCAGUUUCUGUUUGAGAACGAUCGCAUGGAGAACAUAUUCAGUGACGUGAUCUACAGCCAGUUCAACACUGAGUUCACCAAGAUCCUCCGACAUCUCAAACCCUCAGUCCCAGCCGCUGGUUACGUCCAGUCCCGUGUGGAGGAGGAGUUUCUUUGGGACUGUAAACAGUUGGGGGCGUACUCCCCCAUCGUCCUCCUCAACACCCUACUCUUCUUCUGCUGCAAGUACUUUGGCUUCACCACAGUGGAGCAGCACCGCCAGCUGUCCUUCACCCAGCUCACCUGCUGCACCAGAACCAACCUGAACCACACCCGGACCACUUCCCUGCGCUUCUACCCGACCACAUCCACUGAAGCUCAGCCAGACGGAGUUCCUGCUAAAAAACGCAAGAAAGACAACGUGGAGAAUGUCCUGGAGAUGAUGGAGAACCUGGAGAACCCGCUCCACUGCCCGGUCAGACUCUAUGAGUUCUACCUCUCCAAGUGCUCUGAGUCGGUGAAGCAGCGCAGCGACUUGUUUUUCCUUCGGCCAGAUCGCUGCUGUGUUCCCAGCAGCCCCCACUGGUUCUCCUCUUCCCCACUGGAUGGGGACACCAUGGAGGCCAUGCUCGCUCGACUCCUCACAGUCCGAGAGCUGCAGGACAGAAGGUAGCAGAGCUUCGGACCAACGGACAACGGACGACACCACGUCCACAUGUUCUUGUUCUAGUUGUUAAAGAAAUUCUUUCUGAUAGAAACUGUGAAGAAGAGACAUCUUCAUCAAGACAUCUGGUUCUGACGCAGUUAACUUCUCUCCAGUCGCUGCACAUUCAUGUUUUAUUGUUUGUUUCCUUUCAGUCGGUUGAAUGUCAACACUUUCAGUUCUGACCUGAGAUCUGUGUCAUUUUAUUUGGAA